AUGUUCUUAUGGUUAUUCUGGUAUGCUGAUGGUCGAUUAGCAGAUAUGUGGAAAGGGGCCGCGUCGAGUUUCUGGGCAGUCGGAAUGUUUCCUCCGUCUGUAGGAGAGUUCAACGCGUGCAAGAUUGACGCGUACAAAACAAGCAUUCAUCCAACCUCGAAAAGAGAGGGUGGCACGGUUCAGACGGCAAUGACAAUUUGUUUACGCCGAAUCUCAAAUAAAGAGGAGAGUAUAGCACACGAGAUUACAAACGUCCUUUUCAAACACACAGUAUGGGCUUCUAGAAGCAGGAUUGAAGCUUAUGUUGUAGAACAAACUUGCACAAGUUCUAAGCUCUUGCAGAAAUCGUACCUCCUCUUGUCGAUACUCGAAAUCAGGAUCCCCACUAUCAUCCUCACAGCUAUCCGAACACCCUCCUCCCUUUCGAUUUCAUUGUCAUCUAUCCAUUCUCACAAGCAGCAGGAACAGAUUGAAGAUUGA